UGUGUGUUCGAUUUCGAAAAAGUUAAGUACAAAAAUGAUUGAAAAAUACGGUCCUAUCACUCAAGCUUUUUUGGGUACUUUAUUCACUUGGGGCUUAACAGCUGCUGGUGCUGCUUUAGUUGUCGUUAUUCGAGGACAUCAGCGUAAAUUAUUAGAUUCUAGUUUAGGCUUUGCUGCGGGUGUAAUGAUCGCAGCAUCUUAUUGGUCUUUGCUUGCACCAGCUAUAGAAAUGGCCGAAGAAUCAAAAUUAUACGGGGAAAAAGGACAAUAUGCAUUUCUUCCAGUGGGUUGCGGGUUUUUGCUUGGUGCGUUCUUUGUCUUCGGCACAGAUUUAUUGAUCACAUAUUUAGGGGUCCAAUCAACCCAUAAUUUUGUGAUUAGGUGCUAUCAUUUUUCAGUUCAACGAAAAGAAAAAGAAGACCCACCACGAUUACUCCGUACAGCCGCGAAUGUACAACUUGCAACUAUCGAUUCACUGGCAAUCGAUGGAUUUUCCGUGAAUCAUCGACGGCGGACGACGAAUCGUUUAAGUCGUGGACAAAUGUUAGAACGAUCACAAGUGUACGACCAAGUGGAAUCUGAUGAGGAAUCAACGAAAAAUAGUCAAUGGAAGCGGAUUUUAUUAUUGGUGGUAGCAAUUACAGUUCAUAAUAUUCCUGAAGGCCUUGCUGUGGGAGUGGCUUUCGGAGCUAUUGGUAGCACCAAGUCAGCGACGAUAGAAAGUGCAAGAAAUCUCGCACUAGGUAUUGGAAUCCAAAAUUUUCCAGAAGGAUUAGCUGUUAGUUUACCAUUACAAGCAGCUGGUUUUUCAACAUUACGAAGUUUUUGGUAUGGACAACUAAGUGGUAUGGUAGAACCAUUGUUUGGUGUAUUAGGUGCAUUAGCUGUAAGCACUGCACAACCAUGCUUACCAUAUGCAUUAGCAUUUGCAGCUGGUGCUAUGAUUUAUGUGGUUGUUGAUGAUAUUAUACCAGAAGCGAAUACCAAUGGUAAUGGUAAACUUGCAUCAUGGGGUGCAAUGUUAGGAUUCUUGGUCAUGAUGUCAUUGGAUGUGGGUCUUGGUAAUUAAAUGACUUAUACCUACCUACAA